AUGUUCCGUCUCCCCUCCGUGCUCCUCUCCCGCCGCCUCCACCUCCGCAGACUCUCCUCCACGCCCUCGCGCCCUCCUUCCCUCCCUCUCUCCCACCCAAUCUACCUCAUCUGGGGAUCCAACACAGGAGUCGGCAAAACCCUAGUCUCCGCCGGCAUCGCUGCCGCCUCUCUCCUCUCCUCCGCCACCACUCCAUCCCAAUUCCACUACCUCAAGCCCCUCCAAACUGGCUUCCCCGCCGACUCCGACUCCCGCUUCGUCCUCGACAAGCUCCGCCAACUCUCCCUCCUUCGCAACCCUCGCGUCCACCUCUCCUCCUCCCACCGCGUCCUCAACGUGUCUCCCGCUGUGCCGGAGACAAUGCCGCUCGCUUGCAAGGAAGGGCAUGGCCCUUCGGAGCUGCUCUGCAAGACCCUGUACGCAUGGGAAGAGCCCGUGUCGCCGCACUUGGCCGCGGAGAGGGAGGGCCUGGCUGUGAAGGACUCUGUGGUGCUGGAAACCCUUGGCGAGUGUUUCGAGGACGUGGUGGAACGCGGGGCUGGUAGGGAUAGAUCGGAGGUUCUGUGUGUGGUGGAAACUGCUGGUGGAGUUGCCAGUCCAGGUCCUUCUGGGACGCUUCAAUGUGACUUAUAUAGGUUAAAUACUGUUGUUCUUUCAUUUCCUGUCAGGCCAUUCCGUAUUCCUGCAGUUCUCGUCGGGGAUGGGCGGCUAGGAGGUAUUUCUGGAACAAUAUCAGCUUAUGAGAGCUUGAUGCUGCGAGGUUAUGAUGUUGUUGCUGUUGCUUUUGAAGAUCAUGGUCUUCUAAAUGAGGGUCCACUGAUGUCUUAUAUGCGAAACCAGGUCCCUGUCCUAGUGCUACCACCCAUUCCAAAAGAUCUGUCAAAUGACUUGAUGGAAUGGUUUGAGAGUUCUCAUCAUAUAUUUAGUAAUCUAAAGGAAAUAAUGCUAUCAGCUUAUUUGGAGAGAAUUAAAAGGCUGCAAGACAUGCCAAGAGAAGCAAGGGAUAUUAUCUGGUGGCCUUUCACUCAACACAAACUUAUUCCUGAGGGAGGGGUCACAGUAAUUGAUUCACGAUGUGGUGAGAACUUUUCUAUAUUCAAGGUUCAGAAGACAGAAGUCAUAGCACCACAAUUUGAUGCAUGUGCUAGUUGGUGGACUCAAGGACCUGAUGCUAUAAUGCAGGCUGCGCUUGCUAGGGAGAUGGGAUAUGCUGCUGCUAGGUUUGGGCAUGUAAUGUUCCCUGAGAAUGUUCAUGAGCCAGCCUUAAAUUGUGCUGAGCUUUUGCUUCAAGGUGUGGGGAAAGGCUGGGCUUCUCGAACAUAUUUUUCUGACAAUGGAUCUACAGCAAUUGAAAUUGCUCUCAAGAUGGCAUUUCGUAAAUUUUCUGUUGAUCAUGGGCUUAUUGUGGAUUGUCUUGAGGAUACCACAAACGAAAGAUCUGCUGAGCUCAUGGUCCUUGCACUGCACAGAUCUUAUCAUGGUGAUACACUUGGUGCUAUGGAAGCACAGGCACCAUCUUCUUAUACAGGCUUCCUUCAGCAACCCUGGUACACCGGGAGAGGUCUUUUUCUGGAUCCUCCUUCUGUGAUUAUGCGCAACAAUACAUGGAAUAUUUCCAUACCUGAAGGGUAUAAUUGGGAAAGUCUGAAAGGUGAAAGUAUCACCUUUGCCUCACGUGAUGAAGUAUUUCACAAGGGCAGGGAUAAGUCUGAGCUUGCUACAGUUUAUUCAUCUUACAUAUCAAAAGUAUUAUCUGGAUUUAAAGGCUGUUACGUAGUUAUACAAGGCGCUGGUGGAAUGCAUAUGGUUGAUCCACUUUUUCAGCGUGUGCUUGUUAAUGAGUGUCGAAGUAGAAAAAUUCCAGUAAUCUUUGAUGAGGUUUUUACUGGUUUUUGGCGUUUGGGAGUGGAGACUGCAGGGGGGCUAAUCCAUUGUGUACCAGAUAUAGCUUGCUUUGGGAAGCUGCUGACCGGUGGAAUCAUACCAUUGGCUGUCACCUUAGCAACAAAUGCUGUUUUUGAUUCAUUUAUUGGAGACUCAAAGCUCAAGGCUCUUUUACAUGGGCAUUCUUACUCUGCACAUGCUAUGGGCUGCGCUGCUGCUGUUAAGUCAAUCCAAUGGUUUAAAGACCCUUGUUCCAACCCUAAUAUCGCUCCUGAAGGAAGAUUACUUAAGGAGUUAUGGGAUGAGAAAAUGGUUCGCCGGAUUUCAUCACACCCUGCAAUUCAAAGAGUAGUGGCUUUGGGAACUUUGUGUGCUUUGGAAUUAAAAGCAGAAGGAACUAAUGCUGGAAUAUUACUAGAGUUAAAAGGAAGCUCUCGAGAAAAUAUGGGUUUGAUUUUAACGUGUAAAUUGACACAAUAUCUCUUGGUUGUAAGGUAUGGAUCGUUAUAUGCAAGACCACUUCUGGAGAAGCUCAGGGAAGAUGGUAUAUACAUGAGGCCUUUAGCUCGACCAAAUCAACCACUGUUUUUAUCCAGUGUGUUCACUUCGUUUCCAGCUGUUUUUUCAAAAUUCGCUUGUAGAGGUUGCAUAUUUAAGAUCUGUUGCGAGUUUCGUCUUUUCGGGGAUGUAGCAUCUAGGGUUUCAUUGCUUAAACCAUCUGCUGACGCAAUUAGUAUGGGGAAAAGGAGCUUGGAGGGUGGAGAAGAUGAUCAGCCUGAACGAAAGAGGCCUGCUCUCGCCAGUGUAAUUGUUGAAGCUCUCAAGGUGGACAGUUUGCAGAAGCUUUGCUCAUCUUUAGAGCCUAUUCUACGUAGAGUUGUGAGUGAAGAGGUUGAGCGUGCUUUGGCAAAGUUAGGUCCUGCAAGACUUGGUGGAAGGUCUCCUCCUAAAAUGAUUGAAGGUCCUGAUGGUAGGAACUUGCAGCUGCAAUUCAAGUCCCGGUUGUCACUUCCCCUCUUCACAGGAGGAAAAGUGGAAGGCGAGCAGGGGGCGCCAAUACAUGUUGUUCUGAUUGAUUCCAAUAGUGGAAGCGUUGUAACUUCUGGACCUGAAUCCUCUGUAAAACUCGAUGUUGUGGUCCUUGAAGGUGAUUUUAACAAUGAAGAUGAUGAAGAUUGGACUCAAGAUGAUUUUGAAAGCCACAUUGUAAAAGAACGGGAAGGAAAGAGACCUUUGUUAACUGGGGACCUGCAAGUGACACUCAAGGAAGGAGUUGGAACAUUGGGGGAAUUGACCUUUACAGAUAAUUCAAGCUGGAUAAGGAGUCGUAAAUUCCGUCUUGGCCUGAAGGUUGCCUCAGGCAUUUGUGAGUCCAUACGCAUUCGUGAAGCUAAGACAGUGGCUUUCAUAGUUAAAGAUCAUAGAGGAGAAUUAUAUAAGAAGCACUACCCUCCUGCAUUGACUGAUGAAGUGUGGAGAUUGGAGAAAAUAGGCAAGGAUGGAUCAUUUCACAAGAAGCUGAAUAAUGCAGGAAUAGUCUCAGUUGAAGACUUUCUUCGGCUUGUUGUUAAAGAUCAACAGAAAUUGCGGAAUAUCCUUGGAAGUGGUAUGUCAAACAAGAUGUGGGAGGCUCUUUUAGAGCACGCAAAAACGUGUGUUCUAAGUGGGAAGCUCUAUGUUUAUUAUCCAGAAGAUGCAAGAAAUGUUGGCGUUAUUUUUAACAACAUCUAUGAGCUGCGUGGCCUUAUAUCAGGAGAACAAUUCUUUUCUGCGGAUUCUCUCACUGAUAGCCAGAAGGUUUAUGUAGAUUCAUUGGUGAAGAAAGCAUACGACAAUUGGGAUCAGGUUGUGGAUUAUGAUGGUAAAUCACUUGUGAAUGGUAACCAAAAUAACAGGUCUAUUGCAUCUGAAAAUGAACUUCGUGUUGAGGCAAUUGAUUACGGUAGUGGUUUAGAUCAUCAACUUCAACUGCCGGGACUUCCAGUGUCCGUUCCUUCUGAACAGCAAAUAAAUUCCGGGAUGCCAGUUGGGGGUUAUAAUGAUAGUAUGGUAUCACGAUAUCCAACCCAGUCAUUGAUUUCAAACUCCAGCACCCGGAGUCAGUUCGAUAGCUCAUUAUAUCUGUCUAAUGACCAAUUAAUCAGCAAUAGUCACCAAACCCCAAACACUAGAAAUGAUCAUGGCCCAGUUGGGUUAGCUCUUGGACCUCCUCAAUCAUCCACGUCAGGGUUCCAUGCUGGUAGCUCUUCUAUUCAGCCAUCUACUCUAAACCCUUUUGAUGAUUGGUCACACAACAGGGACAGGGGGGUUGAUGAGUUCUUUUCAGAAGAAGAAAUCCGCCUCAGAAGUCACGAAAUGCUAGAGAAUGAAGAUAUGCAGCACUUGCUUCGCCUCUUCAGCAUGGGAGGCCACGGCUCCAUGAGUGCGGAGGAUGGCUAUUCAUUCCCAACAUACAUGCCAUCACCCAAUAUACCAAACUAUGAUGAGGAUCGCUCUCGCCCAGGCAGAGCUGUUGUGGGAUGGCUGAAGAUCAAGGCAGCAAUGAGGUGGGGCUUCUUUAUCAGGAAGAUAGCAGCUGAGAAGCGGGCACAGAUAGAGGAGUUAGAUGAGUAG